UGAGGUUAGCCUCGUAGUCGUUUCUGGCGUUCAGGCCCGGAAAGAAGCAUGGGCCAUCCAAAAUUGUAAGCGUCAGGGAAGCUACGGGCAUACCGCAAACCGCAUACCGCAUAUCGAAGGAGAGCUUCACUCAGUCUUGCACUUCAGCACCUGUCGAUUUCUAUCCCACGGGCGUGCUGCGUUCUACCAUCCGAGGACCACUUCGCCAACAUGGACGCCAGACUUCUCAACACAGUUUCCAAGUAUGCCGUACCCGCAUUCGGCGCCUUCGCCCUGGCCAAGUCCUCCAUCUACGAUGUGCCCGGCGGAACCAGAGCCGUCAUCUUCGACAGACUAUCAGGUGUGAAGGAACAGGUUAUCAGCGAGGGAACACAUUUCCUGGUCCCCUGGUUACAGCGAGCCAUCCGCUUCGACGUCCGAACCAAGCCGCGAAACAUCGCCACCACCACCGGCAGCAAGGAUUUGCAGAUGGUGAGCUUGACCCUCAGAGUUCUACACAGGCCAGAGGUCACUGCUCUGCCCAAGAUCUACCAGAACCUCGGAACAGACUAUGACGAGAGAGUGUUGCCCUCCAUCGGUAACGAGGUCCUCAAGUCCAUCGUAGCCCAGUUCGAUGCCGCAGAGCUCAUCACACAGCGUGAAGCCGUUUCCAACAGGAUUCGAUCCGACUUGAUGAAGAGAGCAGCAGAGUUCAACAUCGCAUUAGAAGACGUCUCCAUCACUCACAUGACUUUCGGCAAGGAGUUCACAAAGGCCGUCGAGCAGAAGCAGAUCGCACAACAAGAUGCCGAGCGAGCACGAUUCAUCGUCGAGAAGGCCGAGCAGGAGAGACAGGCCAACGUCAUCAGGGCCGAGGGUGAGGCCGAGAGUGCCGAGACGAUCAGCAGAGCUAUCGCCAAGGCCGGUGAUGGUCUCAUCCAGAUCAGAAAGAUUGAGGCCAGCAGGGAGAUUGCCCAGACUUUGGCAGGAAACCCGAACGUGGCAUAUCUUCCGGGUGGAAAGCAGGGCGGCCAGUUCUUGCUGUCGGUCGGCAAGGCAUAAAGCCUCCAUGUAUGAUACGGAGCGGAUGGAACUGGUAAAAGAAGGCAACCAUGUACAAUACAGAGAGGAGCUCUCUGAUCUCCACUUCGGGUACGAUAUUAUAUCCAUAAUGUGACACUAUUCAAGGCUCAAAAUCUCAUCGACAUUCGCCUUUUUGCCGAUGAGC